AUGCAUCUCUCCAUCACACUCACCCUCCUUCUCUCCCUCCUCUGCAUCUCCCUCGCUGCACCCACGCCCAAGCCCACACCUGCACGCGAAGUCGCCACCAGCGACAAGCACCAAGUCAGCUGGGGCCUACUCGCCAACGGGCCCGCCUUCACCGGCAUCCCGGUCAUCCUCGGCGCGGCCGGCUCGUUGUACCUCUCCAACGCCACGCUUCCAGCCCCCUCCCAGACGCGCCUCCGCUUCGAGCUCAAGCCGGGCGCUGACGGCGUUGUCGGUGCGCAGGUCAUGGACUAUAUGACUGAGAGCGAGAGCGGGGAGGGGGAGGAUAUGUAUAUGUUCCAGUCGGCUAAGAAUAGGGAGCUGGUGUAUGGCUCUGCAGAGGGGGCGACGGAGGGGAAGGCGGGGCCGUGGGGGUAUGAGAAGAUGGAUGGGAACUGGAUCCUGGCGCUGGAUGGCGAUGUUCAGGCAAGGGCGGUGUGGAGAGAGGAGGUGGGGGCGUGGCAGGUGUAUUUUGGGUGUGAUGCCGCAGCGGAGGAGGAGGGUGUGGAUGUCCUGCUGGAGGGGCACAUCUUGUAG